UUUAUUAUGUACGCUGAGUUGUAAAAAGCGGGUUAGGGCAAUUGACUGUACUAUUAAUACACACCCCUUUCAAAACUGAAACACUUCAUUCAGUAAAUUUCCCUCCAAUCGACGAAAAUGGAAGCCAAUGCUCCUCAGUUUAAGCUAAUUUUGGGUUCAUCAUCUACCGCGCGUAGAAAAAUCUUAGCUGACAUGGGAUACCAGUUCACAACCAUGUCUGCAGAUAUAGAUGAGAAAGCUAUUCGGAAAGAAAAGCCUGAAGAUUUAGUUAUGGCUCUUGCAGAGGCAAAGGCUGACGCUAUCAUAUCAAAAUUUCGAAAUACUGAAAACGUAGAGAAGGAUGUCAAUCCAACAAUUUUGGUUGCAGCUGACACAGCCGAAGCCAUCAUACCAAGGGUUUCCAUUGGUGAAUCCGAAGGGGAUGCCGAGCCAACACUUCUAAUUACCUGUGACCAAGUAUACUUAAUUUCUGUUCUUGUCAUCAUUUAUGGUGUGGUCAGGGAAAAACCAUCCAGUGAAGCAGAAGCACGACAGUUCAUGAAAGAUUACGCUAAUGGACAUGCAGCAACCGUGAGUUCUGUCCUUGUUACAAACCUGGUAACAGGAAGCAGAAGAGGAGAAUGGGACAAAGUAGAGGUACCACUGUUGAUUUAUACUCAGUACUCAAUUAGCAGACAGAUCUAUUUCCACGACAUACCAGAUCAAGUCAUAGAUAAACUGAUUGAAGAAGGGAUAGUUCUUUAUGCAGCUGGUGGCUUGAUAAUUGAACAUCCUCUCAUUUUGCCUUAUGUUAAGGAAGUGGUUGGCUCAACUGAUAGUGUGAUGGGUCUUCCAAAAGCUCUCACUGAAAGACUUAUAAAGGAGGUUCUCUAAUAUGAUUAUGAUCCUGCUCCUACCUCAUUCCUAUUUCUGAAUAAAUUGGCGAUCGAUAAUUUUGAUGUACUGGAUGUUGCAUGCCAAUUACCUGAUAAUCGGGUUUCUGCUGGUUUUGUGUUGUUGUCCGUUCAAAUAUCCUCAGUUUACAUCUCAUCGUCGUAAUGGCAUAAUUGGUUAUGUCUUAUUUAAUUGCAUCGCGAUUUGGCUAAACUUUUAAUGGCUACAACCAGCUAGAUAUCUCCUUUAAUAAGCUUCUUGGAGGAACCAAUAGCAUCCUCCACGACAUCAUAAGGAAUUGACAAUGGAAACUGUACGUCUAUAUCUUUGUUUCACUCGCUAUUAACUGUGGCGUUUCAUGUUAAAACUUAGAUAUAUCCUGGCCAUUUAUCAA